UUUAGGGGAUGUGCAACAGCUGAGAGAAGCAGAGAUUCACAAUCGGAGGAGUAUUCUACUGUGAAAGUUGCACUCGCAGCCAAAGCCAUAAAAACCUUCUGAGCCUCUAUCAUUAUGCUAGCCUUCUGGUCUGUGUCAUUUGUACUGUUGUGCUUAUGGAGAUUUAGUUAUGCACAGUAUGAGCAUUUGGGUUACCUUCCGGGCUACCAAGACCCUGCACAGGACCUUUAUACUGUUCCAGAGCUUCCUAAAGAUACGCCCAGGAUACAGCUACGUCUGGCAGGAGAGAAACGCAAGCACAACGAAGGGCGCGUUGAGGUCUUCUAUGAAGGGGAGUGGGGGACUGUGUGUGAUGAUGAUUUCACCAUUCAUGCAGCCCAAGUUGUAUGCAGAGAACUGGGUUAUUUUGAAGCAGUCUCCUGGUUUCCCUCAUCUAAAUAUGGGAAGGGAGAAGGUCGUAUCUGGUUUGACAAUGUCCACUGCACGGGGAAUGAGAGGAGCUUGGCCCAGUGUGAGUCUAAUGGCAUAGGAGUGUCUGAUUGUAAGCAUACUGAAGAUGUCGGGGUGGUUUGCAGUGACAAGAGAAUCCCAGGAUUCAAGUUUGUGAACACCCUUACCAACAACAUCAAUAGUCUGAACAUUCAGGUGGAGGAUGUUCGUAUACGCCCCAUUUUGUCAUCAUAUCGUAAGCGCAUCCCAGUGACAGAGGGCUAUGUGGAGGUGAAGGAUGGAGGCAAGUGGAAGCAGAUUUGUGAUGAUGAGUGGAUUCAAAUGAACAGCAGGGUUAUCUGUGGCAUGUUCGGCUUUCCUGGAGACAAGAGAUACAACACCCGUGUGUACAAGAUGUUUGCCCGCCGGAGAAAGCCAACAUACUGGGAUUACUCCAUAAAUUGCACCGGAAAUGAAGCUCAUUUGUCUAGCUGUAAGCUGGGCCACAUGCUCUCCAUUAAAGCCAAUAGCACGUGUGAGCAGGGCAGUCCUGUGGUAGUCAGCUGCGUCCCUGGCAGAGCUUUCGCCCCGACUCCCAUGGAAGGAUACAAGAAGGCCUUCAGACAGGAGCAACCCCUGGUGCGUCUCAGAGGUGGAGCUGUAGUUGGAGAGGGGCGUGUGGAGGUGUUGAAAAAUGGAGAAUGGGGCACGAUCUGUGAUGACAACUGGAAUCUCGUAGCAGCUACUGUGGUGUGUCGUGAGCUUGGAUUUGGAAGUGCCAAAGAGGCUCUUUCUGGAGGUCAACUUGGACAAGGAAUGGGCCCUGUACAUAUGAAUGAAGUUAAAUGUUCUGGCUUUGAGAAGUCCGUCACUGAGUGCCCCUUCAGUAUGGACAAAGACUCUGAAGGCUGCAGUCAUGAGGAAGACGCAGGCGUGAGGUGCAAUGUUCCUGCCAUGGGCUUUCAACAGAGGCUGCGUUUGAGUGGAGGUCGUAACCCCUUCGAAGGCCGUGUGGAGGUUCUAAUGGAGCGCAACGGUUCUCUGGUGUGGGGGACUGUGUGUGGUGAGGGCUGGGGCACAAUGGAGGCCAUGGUGGUCUGCAGACAGCUAGGCCUGGGUUUCGCAAGCCAUGCUUUCCAGGAGACAUGGAUCUGGCCUGGUGCAGUGAAUGCAGAUUCAGUGGUAAUGCGUGGGGUGAGGUGUGCAGGAACAGAGAUGUCUCUCUCCCACUGUCUGCAUCAUGGAGAAUAUCUCAGCUGCCCUAAAGGUGGAGGCCGCUUUGCUGCUGGAGUUUCCUGCUCUGAGACUGCCCCAGAUCUAGUGCUCAACCCCCAGUUCGUGGAACAGACCACAUACUUAGAGGACCGUCCUAUGUUCAUGUUACAGUGCGCUUAUGAGGAGAACUGCCUGGGCUCCACUUCCAGUUCCACCCCAGGCAACUCCUAUCGCCGGCUUCUCCGGUUCUCCUCCCAGAUCCACAACAAUGGACAAUCUGACUUCAAACCCAAAGCCUCCAGAGAGAGCUGGGUUUGGCAUGACUGCCACAGGCACUAUCACAGCAUGGAAGUAUUCACCCACUAUGACCUACUUAGCAACAACGGCACCAAGGUGGCAGAGGGACACAAAGCAAGCUUUUGUCUAGAGGACUCAGAAUGUGAUGAAGGAAUUGAGAAAAGGUACGAGUGUGCAAACUUUGGUGAGCAAGGGAUCACAGUGGGCUGCUGGGAUACAUACAGACAUGAUAUUGACUGCCAGUGGGUGGACAUUACAGAUGUUAAACCGGGAGACUACAUAUUCCAGAUCGUAAUUAACCCCAAUUAUGAGGUUGCAGAGUCAGAUUACACCAAUAACAUUGUCAAAUGCAGAUGUCGAUAUGAUGGUCACCGUAUAUGGAUGUAUAAUUGCCAUAUAGGGGGCUCCUUUAGUGCAGAGACAGAAGACACCUUCCCUGGCCUGAUCAACAACCAGGUGACCCAUAGGUAAAAGAGUGGCCCUGAAGAAUAUCCAGAAACCACGGCCAACCAGUGAGAUUAUCAAGUGCCCUGAACCACUACACCUCUCUAGAGGGCCUUUCAUCUCAGCAGUAAUUCCAUGGUACUCUUUCAAUUAUGCUCAGUGUCACCACAUAGCCAGCACAGUCAGUCCUCUACUGUUUUACAGGACUAAACAUCACUUUUUCAGUUGAGAACUCAGAUUUGAGGCAGGAACUGACUCUGAAAACAGCUCUUUGGCUGAGAUUAACAGACUGAAAUGCUGUUUUUCCCUCUCACUGCUGAGCCAGAAGCAAUUCUGAAACCUCAUUCUUUCUUUGUUUGCUGCUGGUGUUGAAGAUGAAACUGUGGAGAACUCUCAAGUGAACUCACUUCAGACAUGAAAGGAACUCUGGUGCACUUUAUUUUCUUUCUUUUUUUUUAUUAAUUGACAGGACUUGUGGUUUAGGUCUUUUUGUAAGCGUUUUGAUAAGGUGAGAGGACUUUCCUCAGAUGAGUCUUCUGAAAGAAUAUUACAUAAAUCUACAGAAUAAUAAAGGCAUGAAGAGACCUUUUUCUUUUUUUGUGUCAUGCAUUUCAGAUAAAUACUUUGGCAUUUCGAAAACCAAGCUGAUGACGUCUGCUUAUAGAUAUUAUUGGCUAUUAUUCAAGUACCUUAUGGGUUUGUAGUGGAAACAACUGAUGCAUUAGAAAUAUAUUAUGAGCCUUACAAUAUUUUCUAUCAAUGUCCAAUUUCAUCAGUAUUUUCAGGAAUUAUGUUGUUACAUUAUGAAUUGCAGUGUAAGAAAACUUAAACCUACCCAUUCAGAUAAGUGGUUCAUAAACACUGGCAUCCUAGGAGCAGGUGACCCUGUGCAAACUCUAUUAGUUUUGUUUUGGGUUUUUGCCCACCCUGUUCUUGAUGUUAUUUUGAAUUCACUGACGGUGGACAAUCAUGCAUUAUUUACUCUAUUGAAUCUGACUGGAAACAUCACAAGCAGUCUGAUCCUUUCCAGCUGUUGAUGCAAGAGUAUUCAUAGUAUUUCAUCAUGCAAGUAUUAAAUAACUUAUUUUAAGACAGGGAUUUGAGAUGCUAUUUCAUAAUUUCUUUGUUUUUUUAAUGUGGAAAGUCUUUCAUUUGUUGUCUGUCAAUGGUGCUAAAAUAGUGUUAUCCUCUGUUUUUUGAGGGACAGUAUCAGCUAAUUUUAUAUUAUGCUUACUUGAAUGGAUGUAAAAAUCAUGGAUGUAUGCGAUGUAUCGUAAUAAACAUGCAUUAUUUGGCAAAAAAAAAA